AUGGGUGGUGCCAUCGUUAUUGACAAUACCAAUCCAAGCGGAAGAGUCCCGAAGAAGAGCAAGCCCAGCCCGACCUCCAGCUUUGAUAGACGAAGUGCUGAACUGAUGUGGCCGACGAUUUCGGCCCGCGGAUCCGAGUAA